UUAAACUUGUUAAGAUUUCCAAGCUAAUUAUAACUAGCAGUAAUGACUUCACGUAGCAUAUUCCUACUUCAGGUUUUUCUCAUCUUCGCUCUUGCACCAACAGCUUUCUCGUCAGUGUUGUCUCCUUAUUACUAUGAGAAAGUAUGUCCUCAAGCCUUGCCAGCUAUCAAACGAAUAGUUCAAGCUGCUGUUUACAAAGAACGCCGCAUGGGUGCCUCUCUUCUACGUCUUCACUUCCAUGAUUGCUUCGUUCAAGGUUGUGAUGCAUCAAUUCUCUUGGAUAAAACAUCUACCAUCGACAGUGAAAAGUAUGCACUUCCAAAUCUAAAGUCCGUCAGAGGAUUUGAAGUCAUCGACCAGAUUAAAGAAGAGGUUGAUAAUAUUUGUGGCCGCCCAGUUGUUUCUUGUGCAGACAUUUUGGCUGUUGCAGCUCGCGAUUCUGUUGUUGCGCUCGGAGGAACCUCAUGGAAGGUACCACUGGGGAGAAGAGACUCGACCACAGCUAGCCGGACCUUAGCCAACAAUGACCUCCCAUCGCCAACCAUGGACCUCCCUGCACUGAUCACCAACUUCAAAAAUCAAGGCCUCGACGAGAGAGACUUAGUGGCACUCUCUGGUGGUCACACUCUUGGUUUCUCACAUUGUCGUCUCUUUAAAGACAGAAUUUACAAUGCAACAAACAUUAAUUCUAACUUUGCAAAAGAGCAACGAAAAAAAUGCCCACGUACAGGAGGAGACAACAAACUUUCUCCUCUUGACCCAACAUUUGCACGCUUUGAUACUGCAUACUUCUCCAACUUAAUACAGGAGAAGGGGCUUCUUGAAUCGGAUCAAGCACUUUUCAGUGGUGGCUCCACUGAUGAACUCGUAAAGACUUACAGCUAUAACCCAAAAGCUUUCUCUGCCGAUUUCGCGAACUCUAUGAUUAAGAUGGGGAACAUAAAAGUUUUGACUGGGAAUCAGGGUCAAAUUCGUACGAAUUGCAGGAAGGUGAACCACUAGAGUGGUUGUCAUUCCCGGAUUUUUGUGUUCAAAUCAUUUAUUUCAUUUGCAAGUGUAAAAAAAUUUAAGCGAAAUACUUUCGGAAACGUUGCCUUGUUGAAUAAAAUUUUUAUUCUUUAGUUGGAAUGAAUAUAUCACAAUUUUUCCUUCGGAAACAUUGCCUUGCCAUA